UAUAGUCAGUGACGCACUUUGUUAAUUUUAUAAUUCUCUGUCUGCUGAAGUGGAGAGAUAUAAAGAGGAGACAUAUGGAGAGAGACGGGAAAAGUAUUGAGCGCCCACGAACUGAGGGCAUAUAAUACUGCGCGUGCUGGGGCCGUGUUUAUCCUUAAUCCUAUUUCCUUAUCCGGGGUUCCUCCUGGAUGUGCGCCAUUGGCCGACUGUAGUCACGUGGUGUCUUAACUUUGUUCACUUGACAGAAAAGUAGGAGGGUUCAACGGAACAGGAAUAACCGAAGAGUAAAGGGAUGAGAUAUAAAUUUUAGUUAUAUAUUUUCCAAGUAGGUGCAGUUCCACAAAAAGACAGAAAUUAAUGGCCAUGAGCUCCUAUUUGAUCAACUCCAACUAUGUGGACCCCAAGUUUCCACCUUGCGAGGAAUACUCACAGAGUGACUAUUUGCCCAGUCACUCUCCGGAUUAUUACAGCUCCCAGAGAGAGGAGCCUGCUCCCUUCCAGCCGGACUCUCUUUACCACCACCAUCAGCACCACCCGCACCAGAACCACCAGCAGCAGCAGCGAGCCGAGCCGCCAUACACACAGUGCCAGCGUGGAUCGCAGACCGCUUCGGUGGUGAUGUCCCCACGAGGUCAUGUCGUCGCCCCGACCGGACUGCAGACCACUCCACUCCCGGAGCAGAGCCACCGCUGUGAUUCCGUGACACCGAGCCCGCCUCCACCUCCGUCUUGCGGUCAAACACCCCACAGCCAAAGCAGUUCUUCCCCAACAAGCACUCGUAAGGACCCCGUAGUGUACCCGUGGAUGAAGAAAGUUCAUGUAAACAUCGUAAGUUCAAACUACACUGGGGGUGAGCCGAAGCGCUCGCGAACGGCCUACACGCGCCAGCAGGUUCUAGAGCUCGAGAAGGAGUUCCACUACAACCGGUACUUGACGCGCAGGCGUAGGGUGGAGAUUGCGCAUACGCUGUGUCUGUCGGAACGGCAGAUCAAAAUCUGGUUCCAGAACCGGAGGAUGAAAUGGAAAAAGGACCACAAGAUGCCCAACACCAAGGUCCGCUCUGGAGCAGGCAGCAACAAUACAAACUCCCAGGCUCUAGCCGGAUCCCAGAGCCGUUCUUCCGGACCACUAUAGCCCAUUCUUUGGCUGUUUGUCUGAUGCAGGCAAUUUGUCCUUCCCCCUUUGCUCCCUGAAUCCCAUACUGAAAAGACGGGCCUGACACGCUUGCAACCACCGGAACCUGUACUUUGGGCCGGAAUGUUUUUGGUAUGGGGGGAGAGAGAGAUGUCAUAGCCGCCGUUCUGGCCCUGAUCUGCGCUGAUGUUUCUCACAAUAAUAUGACCUUAUGAUGUAAAAAGGGUUGGCAAGGGAGAUUUCCUUUAUAUAUGAAAAUGAUCAAAACUACCCGAAGAAGAUGAAAGAACUAAGAGAACGUUGCUUUCGCCCGCUUUCCUUCUUUGCCUUCCUCUCUGUACUCGUCCUUUUAUAAUCCUCUCUCUCCCCCUCUCUCUCUAUUAUCCAUCUCUCUCUCUCUAUUUCUAACUCUUUCUCUCUCCUUCCCUCUGACAGAGCAAGGGGUGGUAGGCUGAAGAUACUGUUCCCAGCGCGUGUGUGGUUCUUUUCCUGUUCCUUUACUAUUCAAGACUUCUUUUAAUUGAAAGAUGCAUCCUCGUUUUCAUCUUUAAUCAUGCCAAAUUCUGCCCCCGUUUGUAAUCUUUACUUUGUGGGUAUAUAGCAAAAGGGUGAACUGCUCUUCCCAAUACACCACUCCCUACGACAUCCGUACUACUACUACUACUACACACACACAUCAUCACCACCACCCUCACCCCCAUUGUUACACUUAAGGCGCACGUGUAAUAUAUUGAACUCUCCUUUGGUCAAGUGAAGCAUUCUUGCACUCCAUACACACUCAUAGAAAAGCCACACAUGCUCGCUUACCUCUAUGUGUCCUUAUAGUACUUUAACAUAAGAUAUAAACCACGAUAUGAUCCAAAGUAACACCAGGCAGUUUGCCGUCUUGCUGUUUAAACUUCUGGUGCGUUUGUUUUGUUAAACGGCGAACUAUAGUUUUUCAUUUUUAGUUCUAGUUCUUUUUGAAUUUAGUGUUGAAUGUAAAAUGUUGUUGAUGCUGAGAGUGACGAUUAGCGUUUUGUGAUCAGUUGAUUGUUCGUAAUAUGAUGUUGUAUACAAGCAAACAGUGUAACAGGGUUAUUAAAGUGAAAUUAAGUAAUUUCCAUCAACUUACAAAAGACACUAAUGAUCACACCAAAAUCCCGGUACAGAUACUUUAAUGAUGACAGAAACACAGCACUAUACGAUGUACUACCUAUUACCUCAGUUCUGUGUGUGUGUGUGUGUGUGUGAGUGUGCUCGCGCGUGCGUUUGUGUCUCUAUCUAUACGCGCUGGAUCGGACGAUAUUGAUAAGUUUAUUUUUUUAUGUAAUUUUUUUCGCUCGUUUAAUGAAGUGAAAGCUUUCUGAGCUCCUAUAUUUUUAAAAUUGUGUGAAAAGUUUUUAUUAUUAUUAUUAUUAUUAUUAUUAUUAUUAUUAUUAUUAUUAUUAUUACCUGCCAUACAAAAAAUCUUGUGGACAUUUAAAAAGACAAUUCCACAACUGCAGCAAAGAGACAUUCAUACAAAGUAUCCUCUGCAUGAAAAGUGAUUUAUUUCUUUUUAGAUCCCCCUUUGUUCUUUCUCCGCGCAUUAAAUGCGCGCGCACUUCAUUUUCUUUUUGUCCCUUCCUCGUUUAUUCUUUCACUUUGUGUCUCUUUUUAGAUAUUUUAUUCUAAAAGUGUUAUUUCUUUCCACUGAUGCCAUUUUCUUAACAUUCCAAAGAUCCCUUUCGAUCGUUAUUGAUGAAAUGGUGCUGGUGAACAUGUGUAUGUUGCUCCGUCCUCUUAUUUGUAAAUAGUCCAUAGACAUUUAAAUAAAUGACUGAAAACGUA